CUACCGCCGGACAUAGACAAAAAACCAUGUCUCUAUCUCUCUCCUCCAUCCAAUUCCUAUUCAUUUCCCUACCAACCACUAAUCUCGAUAUUUUGCGUAAUGAUCUCCUUCAAAAGAACCCACUCACCCAAAUCAAUCAUAUCAUUCAUCUCCACCACCUCCACAUGCAUAUUAAACAAAGUUGCAGCACAAAAACAGAUCACUGCAUCUUCUGCUUCUUCUCUCACUACUGGCUUUGAUCUCCAGCGAUCACUCUGUUUUCUGUGUUGUAAUUGUAAGAGAAAGAGUGUUGCUGAUCCUCAGCUGUUAAUUGGGUCACUUAGAAGAAUGGAGAGCACCUUCAAUGAGUUCGGGGAUAAGGCUUCUGUGCUCGACUUUGACCCCAAAUCUGCCGAUGUUGGUGGCGGCGUUGAGGACAUCUACGGUGAGGACACUGCCACGGAGGACCAGCUUGUCACCCCUUGGACUUUUUCCGUCGCCAGUGGAUAUUCUUUGCUGAGAGAUCCCCAGUACAAUAAGGGGCUUGCAUUUACGGAGAAAGAGAGGGACACCCAUUACUUGCGCGGCCUUCUGCCUCCAGCAACUUGCUCUCAACAACUUCAGGAGAAGAAGUUGAUGAACACUAUUCGACAAUAUCAAGUCCCACUGCAGAAAUAUAUGGCUCUGACAGAGCUCCAGGAGAGGAAUGAGAGGCUGUUCUACAAACUUCUCAUUGAUAAUGUGGAGGAAUUGCUCCCAAUUGUCUAUACUCCAACUGUUGGUGAGGCUUGCCAGAAAUUCGGAAGCAUCUUCAGGCGCCCUCAGGGUCUUUACAUAAGCCUGAAAGAGAAGGGCAAAGUUCUUGAGGUAUUGAAGAACUGGCCUGAAAGGACUGUUCAAGUUAUUGUUGUGACUGAUGGUGAGCGUAUUUUGGGACUUGGCGACCUAGGCUGUCAGGGGAUGGGAAUUCCAGUAGGGAAGUUGGCUCUGUACACGGCGCUUGGAGGAGUUCGUCCCUCAGCGUGUUUGCCUAUAACCAUUGAUGUUGGGACAAAUAAUAAGCAGCUGCUGGAGGAUGAGUUCUACAUUGGACUUCGACAAAAGAGGACAACUGGGAAGGAGUAUGCUGAUCUUUUAGAUGAGUUCAUGAGUGCUGUCAAGCAGAAUUAUGGGGAAAAAGUUCUCAUACAGUUUGAAGAUUUUGCAAACCACAAUGCUUUCCAGCUGCUUGAAAAAUAUAGGAGGACUCAUCUUGUCUUCAAUGAUGACAUACAGGGAACAGCUGCUGUAGUUCUUGCAGGAGUUGUGGCAGCACUGAGGUUGGUUGGUGGUAGCCUGUCCGAGCACAAGUUUUUGUUCCUUGGUGCCGGGGAAGCUGGGACGGGUAUUGCAGAGCUAAUAGCUCUUGAGAUCUCAAAAAAGACAAAAACUCCUGUGGAAGAGACCCGUAAGAAGAUCUGGCUUGUUGAUUCAAAGGGAUUAAUUGUUAGCUCUCGCAAAGAUUCUCUUCAACAGUUUAAGAAGCCUUGGGCUCACGAACAUGAACCCAUUGAUAAUCUCCUUGAUGCUGUCAAGGCAAUUAAACCAACAGUUCUUAUUGGAUCAUCCGGUGUUGGAAGAACGUUCACAAAGGAAGUGAUUGAGGCAGUAUCCUCCUUCAAUGAGAAACCUCUCAUUUUGGCUCUUUCCAACCCGACGUCCCAGUCUGAAUGUACUGCUGAAGAAGCUUAUACUUGGAGUAAGGGACGCGCAAUUUUUGCCAGCGGAAGUCCAUUUGAUCCUGUUGAAUACAAUGGCAAAGUUUAUGUUCCUGGCCAGUCCAACAAUGCUUACAUUUUCCCUGGAUUUGGUCUCGGUUUGGUUAUCUCUGGAGCAAUCCGUGUGCACGAUGAUAUGCUUCUGGCAGCCUCGGAAUCGUUGGCGGGGGAAGUUACAGAGGAGUAUUUUGAGAAAGGGCUGAUUUAUCCACCAUUUUCCAACAUCAGAAAGAUUUCUGCCCAUAUAGCUGCUAACGUAGCUGCUAAGGCAUAUGAACUUGGCCUGGCUACACGUCUCCCUCGUCCUGAGAAUCUUGUGAAGUAUGCUGAGAGUUGCAUGUACAGCCCUGUGUAUCGAAACUACCGUUGAACAGUGUGUUGCUCCACAUUUUAGAAGUUUAAAAUCAAACUUCUUUUUAAAUGGGUGUUUUCUGAAGAUGCAGUAUGUUUUUAUUACCGUUGUGUUAUGUCACUUGGUGACGUUGGUGCUUAAAUGAGUUAAGGAGAUGCUUGUAAGCCCUCUGUUUCUAAAUUCAAAUAAAUAUGCUAAUUGUAUUAUCCCCAUCUCCACCUCCCACCAUGUGAUCAGUUAAUGUAAUUGAAAUCCAUUGACAGCUUAUUGUUUCUUGCAA